AUGCCAUUUCUGAAGCAAGUGGAUGCUGGGGGCAACCAGUUUGUUGUGGGGGUCUACAUGAAAGAUACCUCAUUCUGUCUGACAAGUAGUGCCACAGUUGGCUACAAGGGUCCAGGUUCACCCCUUCCAUGGACAGGAUUGCCAGGAGCUGUGAAGUAUUCUAGUUGCGGACAUUUUGGGUGCUGGGCAGUCAACAAGAAUGAUGAUAUCUUCUUAAUGAGUCUGAAUCAAGACUGCCGAAACAACGGGUGGAGUCACAUUGACGGCAAGCUUUCCAUGAUUGAGGUGGCAACUGAUGGUAGUGUGUUUGGGGUCACCUCUGCGGGUAGUGUUUAUACCAGGAUGAGAAUCCAAAAACCUACCAAAACAAAGCUUGUUUCCGGCAGCCCUUCCUUGAUUGAGGUGGCAACUGAUGGCAGUGUCUUCAGGGGUCAACAAAGCAGGCCAGGUCCUUUAACAGGUCUAGUCAUGCAUUCACCAAAACAUGACCCGCCAAACCACGCUCCACUACACUCGCACGCUUAACCAAGAAGCCAGUCGCACCAAUGUGUUGGAGGAAACACUGUGCAACUGACGACUGAAGUCAGCCUGCAGGAGCCUGGCCCGCCAUAAGGAGUCGCUAGAGUGCGAUGAGCCAAGUAAAGCACCCCCAGUCAAACCGUCACAAUACUGGCCCAUUUGUGCGCCGCCCUAUGGGACUCCCGGUAACAGCCGGCUAUGACACAGCCUGGGAUCAAACCCCGGUCUGUAGUGACACCUCAAGCACUGCAAUGCCGUGCCUUAGACUGCUGCGCCACUCAGGAGGCCCCACUAAUCUUUGAUUCUAAUCUUUAAAUGUAUUUUAUCUUGUCAAGUAUAUCAAGUCUAAUUUAGUCACCUAAGUCGCUUUGUAACAGCUCACCUAAGUAGCUGUUACAAAGACCACCAUUUUUUCAUGAAUUCUUAAUAAGACUGUUUUAUUAUGAAAUGUUGAUGUACCUUUUCUUUUUGUAAUGCUUUUCAGUACUUUAUCUACGUCAA